ACCCUGCUAUGGCAACCAUAACCUCUUCAAACUCUGAUGAAGAAGACACCAAUGGAAAAAGAAUAACUCUUAAACCCCAUGCAGUUUCUUUGCUCACACCCAGGAAGAAAAAGCUUCCGGCAGCCGCGUCGGUUCCCAUCGCCAGGCUUCGAUCCGUCGUAUCAGCUUUAAGGAAGAACCGUUCGGGGCUCGGGUCACGAGUGAUUGGCACUCUUUUCGGUUACAGGCACGGACACGUUCAUUUCUCUUUGCAGAAAGAUCCCAAUUCCCCGCCAGCUUUCCUCGUUGAGCUCGCCACGCCGAUAAGCGGUUUGGAUCGGGAAAUGGCGUCCGGACCGGUCAGGAUCGCUCUGGAGUGCGAUAAACGCAAAGAAGAAGACCGUAAUAACAAUGGUUCGAGUUCGACCGUGAGAUUGCUGGAAGAGACCGUUUGGAGAACUUACUGUGACGGAAAGAAAUGUGGGUUCGCAACGAGGAGAGACUACGGAGCUAACGAACGGAACAUCCUUAAAGCCUUGGAACCAAUCUCCAUGGGAGGUGGAGUUUUACCAGCGACCGAAACCGAAGCUGGCGAAGUUAUGUACAUGAGAGCUACAUUCGAGAGAAUCGUUGGGUCGAGGGAUUCGGAAGCUUUCUAUAUGAUGAAUCCUGAUAGCAACGGUGCUCCUGAACUUAGUGUUUAUCUGCUUAGAGUUUGAAAGUCUGCCAUGGAAGAUGAGUGAAGAAGUGGGAGCUUAGUUCUAGAGUUUCUGUUCAAGGAUUGCUUCCUUGCGGAGGAAUUGGGUUUUAAUU